UAAAGCGACAUUACGUAAAUCAUGUUUUUUUAAAGCAAGAGUGAGUGUAUUGUAAGGUUUUUUUUUGGUGGUCGAAAUCGCUAUAAAAGUGAGUAACAAUGCAAGGUCGAUUUUAGUUCGCAAAUUAAAUUCUAAGUGAGACAAUGAUAUUCCCCUUGCUCGCAGUUUCCUUUCUUUUACUCCCCUACACCAUCGCUUACCCACAAGCAGACAUACCUAAUUUGAAAGCGAACGAACGGGAUGGAUCCGAUUUUGGGCCGCCUGCUGGAAAACCUAAACCGGGAGAUAACGGUGAUGGCUCAGAUUUUAGACCACCAAGUGGAAAGCCUAAACCAGAGGGUGGUGGCGAUGGAUCUGAUUUUGGGCCACCCGGUGGAAAGCCUAAACCUGGAGGCAAUGGCGACGGAUCCGAUUUUGGGCCACCACGACCGUCGGCGAUAGAUCAAGGUUUCGACGGGACUCUUUUAGGGGGAUUUCCCGACUACGACCAGGGGUUUGAUGGAUCGCAGUAUGGACCACCACGGCCUAAUUCCAACUGGGGAUUUGUUCCACCACAAUAUCGGCCAGGAUUCGACUACGGUUUCGACGGCUCAUACUUAGGAUCACCACAUAGACCAAGUUAUGGUUCCGGUUUUGACAGUUCCAACUUUGGGCCACCGAUAAGACCAAGCUAUAAUUCCGGAUUUUAUGGUUCUCAAUUCGGACCUCCAAAUAGACCUAAUUACGGUUAUGACGGUUCCGACUUUGGACCACCUGGAAGACCAAACUCAGAUUCCGAAUUUGACGGUUCACAAUUCGGACCCCCAAUAAGACCAAAUUAUGGUUCCGACAGUUCCGACUUUGGACCACCAGAAGAAAGACGAAACUAUGACACCGAUAUCAUACGAUGAGUGUGAUUUUUCUAGCCGACAGCCGUAGUUAUUGCUAAUAAGUCAAAUAAUAAUAUAUUCGUUGUACAUUUGUUAAUAAAGUGCUUGUAAUCGCAUUCAUCUGAAUAAUGCAA